AUGUUGAUCAAAGGCAUCCGACGCCUUGCUUUCUUUGUUGGCCCGUUGCUGCUUUUAAUUGUCGUCGCCGUUCUCCUGUAUGGCAGUGGGGAUAAUAUCCCGCUUUUGGGCGACACCAGCUGGACGGCGAACAAAUUGACCGAGGGCGCGCCUGGCACAAAGUCAAGGUCAUCGCUUCAAGACUCAUUCUUGCUUGGCAGCCCUUCCAAGAGCGCGGGUAAGAACAACCAGUCCAGUGUCUCGCACACACAUACCGAGGUCUUUUCGGUUACGACCUAUAAUGGAAAAUACUUUCCCAUCAAAUUUGGCGAUGAAGAGGCCAUCAACCCCAGUAUCAUCCCACAUCCGACACGGAACGAUACCUGGAUCAUUGUCGCGCAACAAGGGAAAAGCCCGGAGGACCAAAGUUCACUCUGGUUCACCGAGUUGGUGUGCGACGCGCAGUUCCAAAAGGGUCGGCUGGAGUGUCUCAAACCACCCAAAAUCUUGCCGAUAGCUGCAACACUUUCAGGCGACAAGUGUACAGGUGAUUUGUCGUAUUUUGCACUCAAUGUUGGCCCCCACGAUGCUCGCGUGUUUUAUGGGCCCAACGCUCCGUACGCAAUUUAUGGUUCAAACUCGGCCCUCACUUGCUUCGGCCAGUGGAUCCAGGACUUUCGAAUGCUGGUCGACUGGAAAGGAGAAACAGUCUUUGCGGGAAACCCGUACCGACUGGGGACAGAGCUACAAAGACCCCCUCCGUACGGGUUGGUCGAGAAAAACUGGUUUGUCUUCUGGGACAAUCUGGGCGAUGCGUAUGUCCAUUACGACGUUGCACCGACGCGGGUCUUUGCCAAACUUGAGUAUGACGGGUCGGUCGGUCAAGAUCUGGCACCUCUUGCUGCGUUUAAUGAUGAGCAAUGCAUGUCAAAGUAUAUGCCCAAGGUUGCCGAGCAACUCGAGUCAAUCCACCAGGCCACAAACUCUCUCUCCAUUACCUUGUGUGAGCGAUCCGACCCAGGCUGCGAACCCAACGACGCCAACACUUACAUCUUGACCAUUUUCCAACAUAAAAGCUUUUACUCCUAUCACAGUGUGUACGAGCCUUAUGUCAUGCUUUUCAAGCGAACCGCUCCAUUUGAGGUGCAUGCUAUCUCGUCCAAGCCGAUUUGGAUCCACGGCCGGGGAAAGGCUGGAGAAGCCGAAAGACCGGAGGGUGCGGAAUUCCAGCAGUUGGCUGAGUGGAACCAGACGGAAAUGGUUUAUGUCACUUCCAUCACUUGGAAAGCGCACGGCCAGAAAUAUCAUGGGUACAGGGAUGAUGUAUUGUUCCUGAACUUUGGCAUUGAGGACAAAAGGACUGGUGGAAUUGAUAUUAUUGCUGGUGAUCUGCUCAAAGACGUCAACCUUUGUGCGUUUUGA